GUGGGAGGCGCCCGAGUGUUGAAAGUUGUGCUGUGUGAGGGGGCGCUCACUGUGGGACAGCCAGGCAAGACGUCCUGACCGGCACAAGGUCCUGAGCUUGAGUUUGACCCUCACAUAAACUCCUGUAGCAAAGGGUCCGUGCGGAAUCUGCGUUAUCCGUUUGCUGUGCUCAUUCUAUUGGAUAUGGGAUUCAGCAACGCCUAAACAUCUGCAGGCAGAGUGCUGAGGAUGUGUGCCUGCUGAAUAUCCUGACUGCACGUGUCCUCUUGUUUUGAGGAGUCUUGGACCCCCUCUCCCUCCUCCUUGUCUCUUUUUUCUUCGUAUUGUGGUGCUCUGACCAUGUCAACAGAAGUUGAGCCCAUUGCUGUGGUUCCAGUAGCCCCCGAUGGACCCACUUCUGAGCCCACCUCUACUACUGCUGCCACUGAAAUCAGCCCAGCAGUUCCUGCAACAACCACAGCACAAACCACAGCUGUAACAAAGACUCCAUUCUUCUCCAGGGAGAAGAAGAAGGUUCCAGAGAAGACAGAUGAGUACCUGCUGGCCAGGUUUCAGGGUGAUGGAGUUAGAUAUAAAGCUAAGCUGAUUGGUAUUGAUGAUGUGCCUGAAGCCCGAGGGGACAAAAUGAGCCAGGACUCCAUGAUGAAGCUAAAGGGCAUGGCAGUAGCUGCUCGUUCCCAAGGCAAACACAAGCAGAGAAUCUGGGUGAACAUCUCGCUAAAUGGGAUUAAAAUCAUUGAUGAGAAGACUGGAGUGAUUGAACAGGAGCAUGUGGUCAACAAGAUCUCCUUUAUUGCUCGUGAUAUCACAGAUAACCGGGCAUUUGGAUAUGUGUGUGGGGCAGAGGGUCAACACCAGUUCUUUGCCAUCAAGACAGCCCAGCAGGCAGAGCCAUUGGUAAUGGACCUGAAAGAUCUAUUCCAACUCAUCUUCAACAUGAGGAAGAAAGAAGCAGAGAAUUCACAGAAGAAUGAAAUCAAUAAUAUGGUGGUCGAGAAUGGAGGUGAUGCCUUGCUCAAUCUGGAUGGUGAAGUGAAUACUGUAAAAACUGUGGACCAGAUGGACCUUUUUGGAGACAUGUCUACACCCCCUGACAUCAACUCUCCCACGGAUGCUUGGAAAAAUCAAACAGGGUCUCCUGGAAAUGACCUGUUUGGGGCCAACCCAUUUGCACCGCCACCCCAGAGUAAUGGUGCUACAACUCAGGCCAACUCUUCCAUUCCAGCAGAUCUGUUCAACCCCACUACCACUUCGUCCAUAGCUGCUUUUGGAUCAAUGACCUUGGGACCACCAUCAGUUCCUCAAGUCCCUCAGACAAGUCCAUGGGGUCAGCCAGCACCCUCAGUAUUUCCCCCACAGAGCCAUGUACUUCAUGCAACAGUCCAAGCUAUACCACCGAAUUCCUUCCCUCAGCCAGCUGCAUUUGGAGGAACAUCAGUAUCUCAGUGGGGGCAGCAGGCGUCUUCCCCAUUUGGCUCCACAGCUCCCUCCCAAGCCUGGAGUCAACCAGUAGCAGUGGCAGCACCUAUGGGCAACUGGCCCCCAUCAGGGUUUCCACCAGGUCAGUUUCCUCCUAUGAUGAUCCCUCCAGGUGGUGUGAUGGCAGGCCAACAGUCUUCAGUGGUCCCUCCGCGACCUCCACCACGCCCCCCAGUGAAGGAACAGCCACCUGCUGUUAAAAGUGCCUUCACAGCCUUGGACCCUCUUGGUGGGAUAGAGCAGAAGACUGGAAAGGACAUGUUCAAAGAUUUCCAGAUGGCUAAGCCUGGAAGUGCCCCCAUGUCUGGCUCAGGCACCAAUGGCUCAUUUGAUCAGUACUUCUCCAAUAAAGUUGGUGUACCCCAGGAAGCAGCUGACUAUGAUGACUUCGACAUCAGUCAGCUUUCUGCAAAAAAUAUUGACCCACCCAAACCUGCAUUUCAGCCCGUCUCUGAAACUGCUAUCCCAGCUCAAGCUCCAAGCCUUACUCCUGCCCCAGCUGGAGGACUCUUGGAUGCUGCCUUUGCUCCUCAUCCAACUUUAGCCCCAUCAGGCCCAGCUCCUGCACCAGCUGUCAACCUUUUUGAUGAUACUUUUGGAAGUGACCCUUUUGGAGCACCACCUGCAACCAUGAUUGCUCCAGCCACACAAAACACUGUAAAAGCUGAUCCUUUUGGAGACCCUUUUGGAGGAAAUCCCUUUGCCUAAGUGUUGUCUUGUCCUGCACUGUUCAGAAUGGGAGGACCAAAAAAAUCCUGCGGUCUGCAGCACAGUGAACUGAAGAAAACAUUGGACAUCGUGUGUUUAUUUUUUUUGUCUGCACUUCACUGCCCCCACUAUGUCAGCAUAUUUCUCCUUUUCUCUCUUUCUGUGCUUUUUGUAACUGAUCUCAGGUCAGCCUACCUCUUAUUAAAUCAGCUGGUUCCAUUUCCUGACGUGCCUGUGACAAUCACUUAAAGCAAAUUUGCUUAAAGCAGUUAGAACAUGAGAUCUGGGAAUGAAUGUGAGGGGAUGAACAAGAGGAGGAAAGAGGCAAAUGUAUGUACAUGGAUUUGAUAAUAUGAGAUGCUCUAUUCUGUCUGGCAUUAAAGAAAGCAUGACGUGA